AUGGAUUUUGACGAUAAUAAAACUCUCCUUAAUAAACAAUCCCUCCCUUUCUCAACUCCGCAUACACCUACACCUGCUAACCAAUCCUGCCUUCCUCCAACUCUGCAUAUACCUGCUAGCCAAUCUUACCCUUCUUCAAUUCUGCAUACACCUGCUAGCCAAUCACACCCUUCUCCAACUCUGCAUACAUCUACACCUUCAAAAAAAUCUCGAACUUACGAAGAUUAUUCAUCUGAUGAUCAGCACUCCAACCUAAGAACUAUACAGCAGCGAUUUGAAAUGAGCGUUCACCAUCAAGGCAUUCACCAUCAAGGCACUACUCACCAUCAAGGCACUACUCACUAUCAAGACGUUCACCAUCAUCACCAAGACGUUCACCAUUACCACCAAGGCAUUUACCAUCAAGGAUUAGCAAUCCCUUUUUG